AUGUUACCUCGCUCUGAUGAUGUCCGUCACCUUUUCACCGGAAUCGACAAAUGGAUGCCUAAAGCGACUUUCAUUCGGCUGGACUACAAUAUUUUCUUCAAGGACCUUUUUGACGCUGCCCACCUCUUCUCUUUUGAGUUGGUCAGAGCGAAAAAGAGGCAGGAGAAGAGACGUACUGGCGAUACCAACACGCCCUCGAAGUCAUAUUCAACAGUUUCUUCUCGCGAUAUUCCAUUCUUGACAAAACAUGACGGCAGCAGCGCCCAGGACCUCUCCAGAACCAUUCCAGAUUAUCCGUCAGGCUUUACUCUUCUGCAACAUCGGGCCAAUCUCGAUUUAGCGAAACCAAAAUCUGAGAAUGCCAUUGAAAUAAUAGGACGGUUUUGUCGGAGCUUCAUUUCUGCGAUGGUCUGUCCAAAAGUCCCUUGCCAACACUGGCCUGAAAGCAAAAAAAUUUUGGCGCCAGACACAAUUGAACGCGAAGAUGAAAUUUAUAUGCUUGCAAACGGAAUCCCUUUUACGGGCACUAUCAAAGUUGGCACUCCAAUUGACGAAUCUGUCCUCAAAGAAAUGUGA